UCAAGGUGAAGCAAAGAUCCAAGAGCUUUUCUGCAAGAGAGAGGGUUGGGAUGAUUACGAUUCAUGAACGCAUUCAAGGAAGAGAACAUGCUAGGAAAAGUACAUGCUGUUUUUUUCAGUAUUCUCAUGAACCUCCCCGGCCGCUACCUUGAGACUCUGAGUAUAGCCUGUGUUUGCUUCAUUGGAUACUCAUGGCGGAGCAAGAAUUCGAGAAGGGGAACGAGCACUACGUGAAGGAGAACUGGGAUGAAGCUCUUAAACAUUUCUCCAGGGCUGCGGAGCUGGACCCUUCCAAGGCUGAAUAUCUUGUCCACAAGGCCGCGGCAUUGUGCAAGAAAGGGUUGUUCGAUCAGGCUGUGGAGGCCUGCGAUCGAGGCAUCGAGGUUGAGCCUCAGAACUCGAAGUCAUACCUAAGGAAGGGCAUGACUCUGGUGUCCAAGGGAGACCUUGAAGCGGCAAAACGGGUGCUGUUGCAAGGACAGGGGGUGGACCCUAGCAACAGGAGCUUUGCAACCUGGUUGAAGAAGUGCGACGCCAGCUCAAGCGAUCAGAGCGGCAUGGUGGAAGUCAACUCGGAAAUCGGGAAGCACGACACUACUCUGACCCGCAUGUUGGAGCAGCACAACAAUCAGGCGUACGCCAUGCUAGACACGACGAUUGAGUUCGUCGCUCGCAAGACCACCUUGUCGGGGAUGGACCCGUCGACUACUUCCUCCCUGCUCAACGAGCUCUGCAGGAAGUACUGGAGGGAAGGAGACCGCGUUUCCAGGGAAGAAGGGACGAGAGGAGGGCAUGCGAGCGCAGAAGCGAUGCGAGCUCUUCCUGUCAUUGUCUCGAGCUCAGCAAAAGUCGCGCUUGAGAAUGCCCGCAAGCUUAGGGAACAAGAGCUUGCGGCUGGAGAGGGAGGAGCUGGAGGGAUAAAACCAGGAACGCAAUGCAAGAACAACGGAUGUACCAACGUGUACGAGAACGAGAGCAGCCUUGAGCAGAAGUGCCGGUACCACCCCGGGGCCCCAGUCUUCCAUGAAGGCUACAAGUACUGGUCCUGCUGCAAGAAGAAGAAGACGACUGAGUUCUCAGAGUUCCUCUCGUUCGCGGGCUGCACGGAGGGCACAUGCGUGUUCCAGGACGAUCCAACGAAGAAGAAAAAAGCCUUGUGCCGCUACGAUUUCUUCCAGCAGGGAGGGAACGUCACUCUGUCGAUCUACGCAAAGAAGGUGGAUCCUGACAGCUGCUCGUUCAAUCUGUCGCCGACCCGGCUUACUCUCUCCAUCCUCUUUGACGUUGUCAACAACUUCUCGCUGGACGUGGAACUGUUCGGGAGGGUUGAUCCGGACGCUUGCAAGGUCUCUAUUCUCGCUCCCAAGGUUGAGAUCACCCUCAAGAAGGCGGAUGGUACCAACUGGACCGAGCUAGGGAACUUGCUCAGUUGUGGAGACGAUGAGGAUGAAUGA